GAGUCUUGUACGGGAACAGGCACGGAACAGAAGAGAGAACUUCUGCUGUUUCAGCACGGACUUAUUUAUAAUACAGGAACGUAAGUCGUUUGUUUCAGGUGGAGUAGUAAUCAGUGACUAUCUUCUGAAGCAAUGGCUGGAAGAGGAAGAGGAAGAGGCAGAGGUCAAUUGACCUUUAACAUUGAGGCUGUAGGAAUUGGAAAAGGUGAAGUCUUACCUCCAGGCACGUUUCAGCCCACUCCACUUUUUCCACCAAUGGAAAACAAACCUGUUCCUUUACAGUCUGGAGAAGAGGCAGAAUAUAUGUUGGCUUUAAAACAGGAGCUUCGAGGUGCCAUGAAAAGCCUCCCUUACUUUGUUAAGCCUGCUGCACCAAAGAAAGAUGUGGAACGUUAUUCAGACAAGUACCAGAGCUCAGAGCCAGCAGACAACACAAUCGAAUGGAACCCUGACUGGCGAAGGCUUCCUCGUGAGCUUAAAAUCAGAGUAAGAAAACCACAAAAAGAAAAAGCACCAAUUGGCAUGCCUCUGCGGAAGAAGCAAACCUAUGUUGAAAAAGAAGAAAUCAUACGAAAACUUGAGACACUUGAAAAGAAAGAAGAAGAAGGGAGUUCUGAAGAAGAAGAGGAGGAGAAAAAGAAGCAGGAAGAAGAAGAGCAAGAUAAUGAAGAAGAGUAUGAUGAGGAAGAAUUUGAAGAGGAGACGGAUUAUAUCAUGUCUUAUUUUGAUAAUGGAGAAGAAUUUGGAGGUGACAGUGAUGACAACAUGGAUGAAGCAAUUUACUGAGGUACAUCAGAAGUAUGGACACUGCUGCAGGAAUGUGGCUUAUUUUUACAACUGAAGUUAAAAGUACAAUCUCUAAAUGGUCAUGAAUGCUUUUUGCGGACAAUGUCAUUUUGUGUACAUUGUUUUUUUAAAGAAGUAUUAAUCAUUCAGAGUCAUAAAAAAAGGCAAACAGAAGUGAGGCCAAGUCAUUCGUGUCUUGAAAUAGCAAUGCUGUUCUGCCUAAUGGAGGGAACCUUUCAAUGAACCUAUUUUUCAGUGUUCUUCCAUUUUUGUGUGUUUCACAGAUGGUUCCACCUUAAACUUGAAACAAGUUUUAUGUUAUAUUGUUUUUCAUAUUUUUUAAAUUAAAAUAUAAAAUUAAUGAAAAUGUAUAGAAGGUAAAACAAAUUGUAUUAUAAUAAUACUUUUUAAAUGUUUUAAUGUUAAUGCUUGAGGAAGGUGAAGUUGUUCUAUUUGUUAACUAUUUUAUUACAUGUUGUUUAUACUGUAAAAAAAUGCCCUCUACUUCUACUACAGUUUGUUACUACUGUAUUAACUUUACAUCAGCUGCCACUUUACUUUUUUAGUGUUUUAGGGCAUGGUUAGUUAAUAUCUGAUUUUAUUCUCUGUUUUUACAUUAAGAUACUUUGUUGUAUUUUAUAAAAAAUAAUAAAGAUAUUUUUAUACAUAAGAAUUUUAACUGCGUUAGUGAUAAUGUAUUUUCGUAUGAAUGUCAGUCCAUUUAAAGGGCGAAAAUCUGAUUGGUCUCAUGUUCAUGAAGUAGAGCCCAGCAGUUUACCUCUGCAUCACUGUAGUCAUUUUUCACUCAUAAAUAAUAGCGAGCAUUCAGUGCCGUGUCCCAGGAGGUUUAUACAGGUAAACACACUUGAGAAUAGCAAUUAGUUUUUUUGCAAGAAACUCUCAUUGUAACACGUUUUACACAAGCAGUACUGCAAUAUUUUUCUGUCCACAAGAUGGAGUAGAGAGCUACAAUAAAAUACAUUGGUGAUACUAAGAUAAGAAGCCUCACCUUAAUAAUAAAACAAGCCAGUGUUAGGUUUACUGCAGUAACACCCAAGUGAAUGCUUUAUUGUCUAUCCUAUUUCACCUGACAGAGCUCAUUAAUGUUUGUAUGAGGAAAAUCUGUACUCUUUAGAACAAUCUAGUCGAAAACAAGCCAUUUAUCACAACACAGCUAGCCAGUCCUAUCCACUUGAUUCAUCUGAAAGUCUAGUUUUGAAUGUCCCUAAAGUCCUACUGUCUACCAUACUAUUUGGUAGCUUAUUCCACGUGUUUAUGGUUCUCUGUGUGAAGACAAACUUCCUAAUGUUUGUACAAAAUUUACCCUUAACAAUUUUCCAACUGUGUCCCCAUAUUCUUGAUGAACUCAUUUUUAAAUAAC